GCCGCCGCCGCUGCCUCGCGCGGCCAGCGUCCUUAACCCGCGUGUGUUGGUGGGGUCACGUCCUUGCGUCUCUCGUCUUGCGCCGGCCGUGUCAGUCACGGCUUACCGCGACCUUAUAUAGAGUUAACAGGAGCUGUGGUAAGAUGAAAAUUCCUUCAAUAAUUGUGGGGUGCUUUUUGGCUCAAAUUGUGGCUGAAGACGUCGAGACGUCCUCCACCAAGCAGUACACCUCAGAGGAUUUUGACAGCAAAAUCCAGGAGAACAACCACUUUGUUAAGUUCUUCGCACCGUGGUGUGGGCAUUGCAAACGUCUGGCCCCCACCUGGGAUGAGCUUAGUGAAAAGUACAACCAAGCCGAUGACAGUGAGGUCACCAUUGCCCGUGUUGAUUGCACCACUGAUUCAACAGUUUGCUCAGCCCAUGAAGUAACUGGCUACCCAACACUGAAGUUCUUUGGCAAGGAUGGUGGUGAGCCUGUCAAGUACAAGGGGGCAAGGGACCUGGCAUCACUAGAGAAAUUCAUCAAACAGCAGCUGGGCCAAGAAAGUGAGGGUGAAGAUGAGAAUACAUCAGUUGAAGUUCCAGCCCCUGUAAAGGGUCUCAUGGAGCUGACAGGAAAAAAUUUCAAGACAGCAACAGAGAAAGGUAACCACUUCAUCAAGUUUUAUGCACCAUGGUGCGGUCACUGUCAAAACCUUGCGCCAACAUGGGAAGCUCUGGCAGAGUCUCUUGAAGAUGAUGCAUCUGUGAACAUUGCCAAGAUUGAUUGCACAGCUGACAGAGAGACAUGCUCAGAGUUUGAAGUCAAGGGGUAUCCUACCCUCCUUUGGAUUCAGGAUGGAAAGAAAGUUGGCAAGUACCAGGGAGAUCGAUCAGCAGAGGAUCUGAAGAAAUUCAUCUCAACAAUGACUGGGUCCACUGUCAAGUCUGAAACAAAAGAGGAAGAUGCUGGCAAGGCCCCAGUUGUGGUUUUGACUGCUGAUACCUUCAACAACAGCAUCAGCAGAGAUUACACAUUUAUCAAGUUUUAUGCCCCCUGGUGUGGACACUGCAAAAGGCUUGCUCCUACAUGGGAUCAGCUGGCUGUGAAGAUGCUGGGAAACCCAGCGGUGAAGAUUGCCAAGGUUGACUGCACUGAAAAUGACAACAGGCCACUCUGCUCUCAGCAGGGUGUAUCUGGGUUCCCCACUGUGAUCUUGUACCAUGAUGGUGCCAAAGUCGUGGAGUAUGAGGGCAACAGAAGCCUUGAUGACAUGGCCAAUUUCAUCAAAUCCAACAUGAAGCAGAGCAAGGAUGAACUGUAAAUGUAAGACUUAGAAACUCACACAUUUUGGCAUGCUCCCUUUGCUGUUUAUGUUGUACCCAAGUCCAAGUGCUGACUUUGUACUUAUUGGUAUCUUGGUGAAAUCAUGUAUGUGUAUUGUACUUUGGAUAAGCCUGGUAAUGUCUUCAGUGUGGACCGGUUUCCCACACUGGUAAAUUAGUGAUGGUGGUUUGGGAGAAGUUUGACGCCCCAAAUGUUUUGUACAAGUGCAUUUCAUGACAUGUUUUGUGGGGCAACACAUCUUGAUAUCACAAAAAAUUAGCUGUGGUGCUUAGUUACAUUCCCAGCUCCAUUUGGCUGGGCCAUGUGCAUGUGUGGAAUUAUGACUGUGAUGAAUUCCCCAGAUACUCACACAUUUUGGUUGGUGAGUGACAGUUAUGCCCAUCAAAAGUUUUUCCACUGUAGUCAUGGCAUUGUUACCCUGGAUGCAUAAGGAAAUAAAUCAUAACCUGUGAUGUGCCUCAUGGA